AGCACAGAAAACGGAAGUGCCCCAGUUUGCGUGGCGAAGGAAAGUAAUCAAAACAAAGACGUGUAGCGGCCAUUACACCUGAAGUGUACCAGCUACUGACGUUAAGUAUUCUCCCAAGUUCUUCGAGAGCAGCACGAUUCACAUUCGUCGGGUAAAAUGAAGGACCCCGGGCGCAGCAGCAACACUCCCAACAUAAUCAACAAUGAUGUCAUCAUCAGUGGCCAGUUCCACAAUGAUGACAACCCUUUUGCUGAGUACAUGUGGAUGGAGAAUGAAGAGGAAUUCAACCGACAGAUUGAGGAAGAGCUGUUGGAGGAGGAGUUCAUCGAGCGCUGCUUUCAGGAGAUGUUGGAGGAAGAGGAGGAAUACGAGUGGUUUAUUCCAGCAAGGGAUCUGCCACAGACCAUCAACCAGCUGCAGGACCAGCUCAAUGGAUUGGCCAUUGGCGAUGGAAACAUCACAGAUGAGCUUGUGGUCAACAGUAACUUGAACCCCAAUGCAAAAGAAUUUGUUCCUGGUGUUAAGUACUGAAUAUCAGCAUCUCGGUGGAUGUAGCACAUCUCCACACUGUGAAGCCAGUAUUAGAAGAAUCAUUGUGGAUGCUUUUUUUGUCACUGUGUUACACUUUUAUUGCAUCGCCAAAGUUUUCAUUAAGUCUUGCAUGCUGAAGUGCUGAGAAUGUUACAUAUAAAGCCUUUUAUUUUUGAAACCCUUAUUGGUGUUUUCAUACCAGUGCUUAGAGGCACCAGUCCAGGAGGGCAAUACUCAUUCAAACCUUGGGGAACUUUCAUUGUAGUCGUUGCCUUAAUGUUAGCUAUUUUCAUGAUGCACUGUUCAUUGCCGAAUUUAUUUUGAGGUUAAUUCUUUGUGAUGUUCAUAUUUCAAAUAGUUACGUAAAAGGCUCACUGCAAGUGCAGAAUGUUUCAUUGUGGAAUAUGUAGAAAAGGGAAGUUAAAAUUCUCAGCCAUUCCUUCUUUUCAAGUGUUUAAUGUGUAUGUUGCUAGAACAUGCAUAUUUACAAAUAUUGUUUCUUGAACCUGCCCCCCAUUUCAGAUUUCUCAAAUUUAGUUACAAAUUUAACAUUUUAUUUAGAAUGUUUUAAUGAAUGCAAGUUCUGAAAACAUUUAAAUAUGCCUUUGUCGUUUUCAUGUUCAUCAUCCCUGUAAAACAUAAGGCCAGUUUUCUUAUGUUUAAAUCUAAUCUGAAAUGGAUGGUUUUUGCCUGGACUUUAUGAGCACGUCUAAUCAAGUCAUAUUUUGUCCUCCCCAGUCAUACCUGCUGCCUGUUUUUAUUUGUCUCAUUUUAAAUUUGAAAGGUGUGUUCGGUAUUGGGGAUUGUUUUGGUAUAUUCUUGUCCAUUUUUUGAACCUCUUUUGUUUUCAUAUCAAACACUAAUGUUGGCAAGUCUGCAGAACAGCACUUAUUUUCUUUGGCCAGCCUUUGUUUCUCCUUACACAGAACAUGGUAUUUGACACUGCCUCAUGUGUUAAAUGUGAAUAGUGUUGAAAAAAACAAAACGCACAAAAAAAGAAUAAAAUGAAAAUAUUGUAAAAAAUAUAUUUUUUCAAAAAUAUUUAAAAAUAAACAUUGGUGGAAUAGA